AUGGAAGGCUUGCUAACAGGAAUGGAGCAGAACUUCCGCAGGAUUCUGGAGCAAAAGCUGAGCAAUUUUCUGAUAAGGAUGACUCCUUCGAAAGAGAAGGCAACCGAAGGAGAGGAAGGAGUGCGGACAGUUCAGACGCCACUUUUACCAACUCCGCCAGCUCACCACAGAUUACAGGUGGAAGGUGAAGCUCAAAGACUUCUCAAGAAGGAUUGGAGUAAGUUUCAGAUUCCAAAUCCUCCUAAAAUUGACUUACAGUUGUUUUCUGGAGAACAUCCUAGGGAUUGGUUGAGGAAAUGUAAUAAAUAUUUCUUGAACUAUCAAGUUCCGAAUGAACAUAAAAUUGAAAUCACUGAAAUGUACUUGGAAGGCAAGGCUGACAAAUGGUUUCAAGGUGUAAAAAUUGAAAGGCCUAGGUUAGGUUGGGAGGAAUUUGAGGAUCUGUUAUGUAGGAGGUUUAAUGACCAAACGUGCAAGGAUAUAGUGGAAGAAUUCAAUAAACUGCAGCAAGUAGGCACUAUUGAUGACUAUCAAGAGAGAUUUGAGGAAUUGAAGCCUCUGAUGAUGAUCAAAAAUCGAAACCUGGAUGAAAACUAUUUCAUUUCUAGUUUCAUAAGUGGACUUAAGGAAGAAAUUAAACUAGUGGUCAGGAUGCUGAAGCCUACUACACUAUCUGAAGCUUUUGAGUUGUCUCAAUGGAGUUCACCAGGGGAUACUAGAGAGCCAACAAAGUUGUCUGCGCAGGAGUUGCAGUAUAGGAGGAGUAAUGGUUUGUGUUUCAGGUGUGGAGAGAAGUAUGGGAUGGGACAACAAUGUAAAGUAGGUCACUCAAAUUGCAUGACACUGGAAGAAGAAGAGGAUUCUGCUUUUGAGGAUGCACUUGGAGAACAAGAUGAGCAGACUAGGAAUCCUGGGCAGGCCAUGGAAAUGUCACUGCAUGCCUUAUCUGAGGCUCUUAAGAGGAAGACUAUUACACUCUCUGGAAUCUUAGAUGGGGAGGAAGUGCUGAUAUUGGUGGACACGGGGAGCUCAGACAGCUACAUUAGCAGUGAGCUAGUAAUUGGGAUGGACAUAAGCUAUCAGUGGGUGGAUCAACCUUUCUCUGUCAUAAUGGGAAAUGGAUCAUGUGUCACCAGCAAUGCAAUAUGCAAUGGGGUGCAGUGGAGGAUAAAUCAACACAACUUCAGGUAUAACCUUAAGCUCAAGAUAUCCCUACACCAUGAAGGAGAUGAAAUCUACCUACAUGGUCAAGCAGAUAACUGUGACAUGGAUUUGAUCAGGGGCAAGGACUUAAGAACAUUUAUAGAAUACAAGAGACAGAUGUGUAUGGCUAUAAGUAGCCAACAGGACAAGGACCGGGAAGGGGAGUCAGAACCUACACCUCAAGAAGUAGAGACUCUGCUACAAGACUAUAAGGAUGUCUUCCAGACUCCUAGCUCAUUACCUCCAAGUAGGAGCGUAGACCAUGAGAUACCUCUCAAACAGGAGGCUCAACCAUUCAAACUAAAGCCUUACAGAUAUCCUCACUGUCACAAGGAGGAGAUAGAGAAACAGGUUGCUGAAAUGCUGCAGAAAGGCAUUGUUAAACACAGUAACAGUCCCUUUGCCUCCCCUGUACUACUAGUCAAGAAGAAGGAAGGCACCUGGAGGUUUUGUGUGGACUACAGGAAGCUGAAUGAGAUCACUAUCAAAGACAGAUUUCCAAUCCCCAAUGUAGAUGAACUGUUGGAUGAGUUAUCGGGAGCUGUGUUUAAAACCAAGUUAGAUUUGACUGCAGGUUAUCACCAAAUCAGAGUGAAACCAUAG